UCCCUCCUCCUCCUCCCUCCCUCCCUCGAGCUCCAGCUCCAGCUCCAGCUCCAUAGUCUCUCCUUCAGUCCACCUCUCUCUCUCUCUCCGUUUUUCGCGCCAAAUUUUGAGAAAUUUCCGAUUCAGUUUCGAGUUCUGCGCCGACGCGGCGACUCCAAUCUCGUCGUGCCUUCGCCGACGCCGUUGCGGCGACGAGGUUUCUCCGUCGCGGUCGAUGGGAACUCUCGCGAGCUGGAGCUUCGGCGCCCUCAACAUCAAGCUCCGCUCGUCUCCCGUGGCCCGCGCUCCCCGCGGCGGCGCCGGCGGCGUCGGAGCUCGGUCUCUCGAGCCCGCGAGGCCGAGGGGCUCGUGCCUUCUGUGCGGGAGUGGCGUUUCGGUUUCGUGUAGGAGGUUGGAUAGGUUCAGGCGAUUCAGCAGCGGUGGCGGCGGCGGUGGCGGAGAUGGCGAUUAUGGACCGGAGAGCGAGAGCGACUCGGGGAAAGAGUCGAGCGUGACCACGACUGCGCCGCCGCCGCCCGAAGAGGCUGAAGAGACAAGCCGCGCCGAGUUCGAGUCCGAGAAGAUCCGGUCGAGGCUGCCAGAAACACCUUCAUUUGGACCGACUUACACUAGCUUUCAAGUAGACUCUUUUAAGCUUCUGGAGCUUCUUGGACCGGAAAAAGUUGAUCCUGCUGAUGUGAAGCUACUCAAAGAAAAGCUCUUUGGCUACUCAACAUUUUGGGUUACAAAAGAAGAGCCAUUUGGAGAUCUGGGUGAAGGUAUACUUUUCCUUGGAAAUCUCAGGGCAAAGAGAGAAGAUGUGUUUGCCAAGCUGCAAAAACAGCUGGUUGAAGUCACUGGAGAUAAGUACAAUCUUUUCAUGGUUGAGGAACCCAACUCAGAAGGACCUGACCCUCGAGGAGGGCCACGUGUUAGCUUUGGUUUGUUGAGGAAAGAGGUCUCAGAACCAAGACCAACAACUCUUUGGCAGUAUGUGAUAGCUCUAUUGCUAUUUCUCUUGACCAUCGGUUCAUCAGUGGAGUUGGGAAUUGUAUCUCAGAUAAAUCGUCUUCCACCCGAAGUUGUGAAAUACUUCACUGAUCCAGAUGCUGCUGAACCACCAGAUAUGGCGUUGCUAUAUCCAUUUGUGGACUCUGCGUUGCCCCUAGCUUAUGGUGUCUUGGGGGUUCUAAUAUUUCAUGAAGUUGGGCAUUUGCUUGCUGCCUUUCCAAAGAAAGUUAAGUUGAGCAUUCCUUACUUUAUUCCCAACAUCACUCUUGGAAGUUUUGGUGCCAUUACUCAGUUCAAGUCCAUCCUUCCUGAUCGGAGUACAAAAGUCGACAUUUCUUUGGCUGGGCCUUUUGCUGGUGCUGCACUCUCUUUCUCAAUGUUCAUCGUUGGUCUUCUGCUUUCAUCGAACCCUGAUACUUCUGGAGAUUUGGUGCCAGUUCCCAGUAUGUUGUUUCAAGGUUCUUUGCUUCUUGGACUCAUCAGUAGAGCAACUCUUGGUUAUGCGGCAAUGCAUGCUGCUACUGUUUCAAUUCAUCCUCUGGUUAUUGUAGGAUGGUGUGGAUUGACAACAUCAGCCUUCAAUAUGCUUCCAGUAGGAUGCUUAGAUGGUGGAAGAGCUGUGCAGGGUGCCUUUGGUAAAAGUGCUCUACUAGGAUCUGGUCUGACCAGUUACACAAUGUUGGGAUUAGGAGUGUUGGGUGGACCUCUGUCACUUCCUUGGGGGCUUUAUGUUCUGAUAUGUCAGAGAACCCCAGAGAAACCAUGCUUGAACGAUGUAUCAGAAGUUGGGACAUGGAGGAAAGCAGUGGUGGUAGCAGCUAUCGUGCUCGUCGUGCUGACGCUCCUCCCAAUAUGGGACGAGCUCGCAGAAGAGCUAGGUGUAGGCCUUGUAACAACAUUCUGAUGUAUGGUGGCGAAACGGAGAGAGUACAUAAGAGCAACGUUGGUUCAGCCCUUCAAAGCACAGAUCGACAGCAAUUUUUGAAACGAUAGUCAAUAAAAAAGUCCGCCCGAUAUUUACUUU